AUGGCCUGCUUGCAGGAGGCGCGGAACCUCUCCCCCUCGCUGGGGAUCUUCCGGAGACCCCACAAGGACCCCGAGGAGCGGAAGGCCUGCGGGGGCCGGAGGAGGGGGUCGCCCGGUCAAGCGCCCGGCAGCGACCUCUCGCCCACCCAGUGCGUGAUGCAGAGCGUCCUGCCCCCGGCGGCCGGGGGAGGGGGAGGCGGAGGCGGAGGCGGAGGGGGGAACAGCCCCUCCCCCGUGACGGACGCCAGCGAGGACUCGCGGGAGCACUUCACCAACAGCGUGCUCCAGCUGCAUGAGGGCGAGGCCGGAGGGGGCGAGGCCGGAGGGGGCGAGGGGCGGAGGGAGAGCCGCUUCCCGGAGCGAGGGAGGGUGCAGUGCUCCCAGUCCGGCGGCGGCUUCCUGGACGGUCUCUUCGGCUGCCUGAGGCCCGUCUGGAACAUCAUCGGGAAAGCUUACUCCACGGACCACAAGCUGCAGCACGAAGAGCUGUGGGAGGUGCCAUUCGAGGAGAUCUCGGACCUGCAGUGGGUGGGCAGUGGUGCUCAGGGGGCUGUAUUCCUGGGAAAGUUCCACGGAGAGGAGGUGGCGGUGAAGAAAGUCCGGGAAUGGAAGGAGACGGAGAUCAAACACCUGAGGAAGCUCAAACAUCCCAAUAUCAUCACAUUCAAGGGUGUGUGUACCCAGGCUCCGUGUUACUGCAUCAUCAUGGAGUACUGCGCCCAGGGGCAGCUGUACGAGGUCCUGAGGGCCGGUCGCAAGGUUGCGCCGGCUCUCCUGGUCGACUGGUCAAUGGGCAUUGCUGGCGGAAUGAACUAUCUCCAUCUGCAUAAGAUCAUCCACAGAGACCUCAAGUCCCCAAAUAUGUUGAUCACUUAUGAUGAUUUGGUGAAGAUAUCUGAUUUUGGGACAUCCAAGGAGCUGAACGAUAAGAGUACCAAAAUGUCCUUUGCGGGGACAGUAGCGUGGAUGGCUCCAGAGGUCAUUCGCAACGAGCCAGUGUCAGAAAAAGUGGACAUUUGGUCGUUUGGAGUGGUUCUCUGGGAGUUAUUGACAGGAGAGAUCCCGUACAAAGAUGUCGACUCCUCUGCCAUCAUCUGGGGUGUUGGCAGCAACAGUCUCCACCUGCCUGUGCCUUCGAGCUGUCCAGACGGAUUUAAACUACUCCUCACUCAGUGCUGGAACGGAAAGCCUCGCAAUCGGCCAUCGUUCCGACAGAUCCUGCUGCACCUGGACAUCGCCUCGGCUGACGUACUGGGAACCCCACAGGAAACCUACUUCCAGUCUCAGGCUGAAUGGCGAGAGGAAGUGAAGCAACAUUUUGAGAAGAUUAAGAGUGAAGGGACCUGUAUUCACCGUCUGGACGAAGAGCUGGUCCGUCGGAGACGGGAGGAGCUGAGACACGCUCUGGAUAUCCGGGAACAUUAUGAACGGAAGCUGGAAAGGGCCAAUAACCUGUACAUGGAGCUGAACGCAGUCAUGUUACAGCUGGAACUGAAGGAGAAGGAGCUGCUCAGACGGGAACAAGCACUGGACAAAUCGUAUCCGGGGAUAUUCAAGCACCAGACCAGCUGGCCGCUGGUCCACACCAACUCCAUCGAGAAGCUCCUGCAGAAGCGGCACACGGCUCACACGCCCCCAGCGCACAGCAAGAGGCCGGAUCUCCUCAGGUCGGAGGUCAUUCUGCCCAAGCUGGACUCCGCGGUCACCCAGGUGGCUCUGGCUGGCUGCCCGAGGGGGUCAGUUCCGGCCGGGCGCUGCCGCCAGCGGGUUAAGCCCCGGUACCGCAAGGCCGCGGCCAGGGGGAGCCAGGGGGAGCUGCUGGGCCUGGCCAAGGCGGUGGGCCUGCGGGGAGGAGUGUCCCCCGUCCACGGCCCCGCCUGCAAGGACCUGCUGACCCCCUGCUCCCAGAACCUGCGCUACUUCGGCCCGGCCGCAGUGCUGCGGAACCCCACCCCCGAGUUCCUGCGGCGGAAGCUCUCCUCCUCCAGCCCCGACCUCAUCUGCACCGCCCGGGCGGCCGAGAGCCGCAGGCACGAGGCCCAGCGAGGCGGCUGCGACCCCAGCGGUCAGCCUCGAGCCGGCCCCGAGCGACCCCCGCCGGCCGCCGCCUCGCCCCCCCCCCUCCCCCUCCCCCUCCCGCUCACCCCCUCCAGCAGCCCCGGCACGCCCGGGGACCGCAGCCCCCGCCGGCCGCAGACGGAGCCGACGCCGGGAGCGUCAGCCCGGACGCCGGACGAGGGGCCUCGCAAACGCAAGCCGAAGCCGCCGGAGGGCGCGUCAGAGGAGCAGCCGCCUGACCCGAGCGACAGAGCAAACCCAGCUCCCCGGAAACAGAAAAGAGGGAUAUCCUCGGAGGAGGAGGAGGGGGAAGUGGACAGUGAGGUGGAGUUUCCUCGCAGACCCAGGAGGAGCGAUUGCCUCAGCACCUGUCAGUCUCUGUCCACCUUCAGCUCGGAGAACUUGUCUGUGUCGGACGGGGACGAGGGGAACACCAGCGACCUCUCCCACAGCUGCACCCCGGACGUACUGAGCACCAACACGGACCAGCGAUCGGAGGACGUUCUCUCCCAGAGCUCGGAGAUCCCCGUCGACCUGCCGCUGCAGUCCGACGGCCUGUCGGAGAAGGAGGCGGCGCUACAGCAAGUCCGGAGCCAGGUCUCGGCCGGGAGGCUUUGUCCGCUGGAUGUCCCGGCGCAGAACCCGCUCGCCUUGGAGGACUCGGACCUCGACGUUCCUGAGAUGGAUCAGCGUGGCUCCGGGGAUUCGGGGAACGCACCUCGGAGUUCCUCGUCGUGGUGACCCAGCCCAGCCCAGCUCAGCGCCCCCACCC